AUGAAGUGCAUCGCAGCUGUAGUCAUGAUGGCCCUGGCCGCCGUUGCCGACGCUGGACUCGCCCCGUUGUACUACGGUGCCCCAUUGGCCCUGGCCGCUCCGCAUACGACGGUGGUGCAGAGUAACUCGGAACCGAAGUUGAUCGCCACCGCUCCAGCGCUUGCUCCCCUUGCAUACGCCCAUGCCCCUCUAGCUUACGCUGGUGCUCCGUUGACCUACGCUGCUCCGUAUUACUAUGGCGCUCCGCUGGCCUAUAGCGCACCGGCUCUGAUCUACCAGAAGGAAGCUCGCUACUUGGCCGCCAACCGAGGCGCAAUCCACGAGGCACCCCUGCCAGGGCACGCUUUCUCUCAGCAGCAGCUGAACCUGGAAGCUGCGCCAGGAUCAGACUAA